GAUGGGGUUUCACCAUGUUGGCCUGGCUGGUCUGGAACCCUGGCCUCAAGUGAUUCGCCUGCCUUGGACUCCCAAAGUGCUGGGAUUACAGGCGUGGGUCACUGCGCCUGGCCAAAAAAUCUUUCAUGUAUCAGUUAUUUAUCACUGCCACAAAUAGGAAGGUUUUUGCUUCUAGUGCACCCAAAAUUUGUCAACAAGAUUAAAUUAAGCAGUUGCUAGUAACUUUGUAUAAAAUUACAGAGUAGAGCUUAGUGCAUAAGGAACAUACUUUACAAAUAUGUAAGAAAUGUAUUUAUACAUAUGCGGCAAAUUUCUAGGACUCAAAAACAGUCAACUCUCAUUUAUCCACAUGCUGUUUCCACUCUAUCUUAAGGGAUAAUUUUUAUAUAUUUUUUGAGACAGGGUCACCUUUUUUUCACCAGGUGACACCAGGGUUGCUGUCACCUAGGCUGUCACUGCAGCCUCGACCUCCUGGCCCAAGCAAUCCUCCCACCUAAGCCUCCCAAGUAGCUGCGACCACAGGAGAAUGCCACCAUGCCCAGCUAAUUUUUUUUGUAGAGACAGUGUUUCCCUAUGUUGCCUAGGCUGGUCUCAGAACUUCUGAGCCAAGUAAUUCUCCUGCCUUGGCCUCCUAAAAUGUUAGGAUUAUAAGUGUGAGCCACAUGCUUGUCCUUAAGGGAGAAUUUUUAAGACUCAGGCUGCUAUCACUAACAUAAUAAUUAACCAUUCAGAAAAUGUGAAGUUUUCCUCCCAAUCUUUAUUAUUAUUAUUAUUUUUGAGAUGGAGUCUCGCUCUGUUGCCCAGGCUGGAGUGCAAUAGCGCAAUCUCGGCUCACUGUAACCUCCGCCUCCCAGGUUCAAGCAAUUCUCCUGCCUCAGCCUCCCGAGAAGCUGGGAUUACAGGUGCCUGCCACCAUGCCUAGCUAAUUUUCUGUAUUUUUGGUAGAGAUGGGGUUUCACCAUGUUGGUCAUGCUGGUCUCAAACUCCUUACCUCAAGUGAUCCACUCACUUCUGCCUCCCAAAGUGCUAGGAUUACAGGUGUGGGCCAAUGCGCUUGGCCUCAAUUAUUAGUAUUUAAUAGAAAUUAACAUUACCCUUCAGCAAUGUAGUCUCUGUUGCUGGGGAACUGCUGCUGGAGGUCAAAUAUACAUUUUAUGAAUAAUUGAUGGAUUAUUUGCAGUUUUGGAUAUAAUCUUCAUUAACAUGAAAAUAACUUAGGGUUGACUACACAUUUAUUUUUAGUAAAGGAAUACUCAACAAUGAACCCUGCUUAAAAAGACAGCCCUACUGUAGGAAUAAGUAGUUGUCUCCUAAAAAAGUGUGGAGAUAGGAAAUGUGUGGCAAAUAAGUUUAUUUUUUAUUAACUGAGAGGGUCUCACUGCUGUGCAGGUUGGCAUGAAAUGGCGUCUUCAAAGCUCACUGCAUCCUGGAACUCCUGAGCCCAAAUGAUCCUCUGCUUCAGCCUUCCUAGUAGCCAGGACUAUAGGCAAGUGCCUCUACACCUGGCUAAUUUUUAAGUUGUUUUGUAGAGACAGGGUCUUGCUAGUUUUCCCCAAGAGGGUCUUGAAAUCCCAGCCUCAAGUGAUCCUCUUGCCUUGGCUUCCUUCCAAAGCAGUGAGGUUAGAGGUGAGAGCCACUGUGCCCUGCCAUGUUGACUUUGAAAAACCCUCUCAUAACUUUCAAUUGUCCUCAAGAAAAAGUUCAACUCUUUUUUUUUUGAGAUGGAGCCUUGCUCUGUCGCCCAGGCUGGAGUGCAGUGGUGCAAUCUCACUGCAACCUCUGCCUCCCAGGUUCAAGCAAUUCUUCUGUCUCAGCCUCCCGAGUAGGUGAGAUUACAGGCGCCUGCCACCACACCCAGCUAAUUUUUGUAUUUUUAGCAGAGACGGGGUUUCACCAUGUUGGCCAGGCUGGUCUUGAACUCCUGACCUCGUGAUCUGCUUGCCUCAGCCUCCCAAAGUGCUAGGAUUACAGGCGUGAGCCACUGUGCCUGGCCAAAAGUUCAAUUCUUUAACAUGGCCCUACAAGGACUUUUGUGGACUCUGCUCCAUUUUCCACUACCACUAUAUUCUAACAAUAAAAGCUGUUUGCCUAGAAUGCUCUUUGACUAUACACUGACUACCACUAGCAGUAAUACUAUUUUUUUUUCCGAGAUGGAGUCUCGCUCUGUCACCCAGGCUGGCGUGCAAUGGCGAGAUCUCGGCUCACUACAACCUCUGCUUCCUGGGUUCAAGUGAUUCUCAUGUCUCAGCCUCCUCAGUAGCUGGGAUCACAGGCGCCCGCCACCACGCCCAGCUAAUUUUUUUUGUAUUUUUAGUAGAGACGGUGUUUCACCAGGUUGGCCAGACUGGUCUCGAACUCCUGAUCUUAGGUGAUCCACCCGCCUUGGCCUCCCAAAGUGCUGGGAUUACAGGUGUGAGCCACUGCGCCUGGCCAAUACUAUUAAUAAUAGUUACAACCUACCGAAUUCUUAUUAGGCAUGGGACAGUUUAUAUACAUUAUUAGUUUAUACUUUAUGAAGUAGGUACUAUUCUUAUUCCAGGUGUACAGACAAGGCACAGAGAAGUGAAGCGAUUAACUGAGAGGAACACAGCUAUUAAAGUGUAGGCACUUCAAUCUGUUUCAAUCCAAAUCUGUCUGAAUUCAAUGAUGUUCCCAAACUUGGAACAUGAAAGUAUCAACUUUCUCCAAGAAGUGUAACGUUUAAUAUCCUCUAAUAGCAAAUGUGAUAAGGUUAGCACUUAAGACAUUGGUUUACAACGGACCUGUGUACUUGAUGCCUCCCCAACCGGAAGAUAAGCCAUCUGAACUCACGUUAAGGCGGCAUGUUCACUUUUGCUUCCCCAGCUCCAUAGUUACGUGUACCACAGUUCCUGGUACACGUAAUGCGUGUUAAUAAAGAUUUGUUGAAUAAUCAAAUAAGCGAAACUGCUUUUAAACAGAAAGCCAUAAUACAAUGUUUUUUUUUUUUUUGAGACGGAGUCUCGCUCUGUCGCCCAGGCUGGAGCGCAGUGGCGCGAUCUCGGCUCACUGCAAGCUCCGCCUCCCGGGUUCACGCCAUUCUCCUGCCUCAGCCUCUCCGAGUAGCUGGGACUACAGGCGCCCGCCACCACGCCCGGCUAAUUUUUUUUGUAUUUUUAGUAGAGACGGGGUUUCACCAUGUUAGCCAGGAUGGUCUCGAUCUCCUGACCUCGUGAUCCGCCCGCCUCGGCCUCCCAGAGUGCUGGGAUUACAAGCGUGAGCCACCGCGCCCGGCCAAUACAAUGUUAUUACCUUCGAAUUUGGCUACAGAACAUCACCAAGCUUACCAGUUCGUGAUCUAGACUCCACUUUUCCCCAUUUUUUCAGUGUGCUACUUUUGCUUAUAUCCAUUCUUCUGUGACUUUGUUUGCCACAAUUCCUUAAAUACUUCCACCCCUCCUUUUCAUAACAGCGAUUUGCCGUUUGUGAACCUCUUCUACAGAGAAAAACUAGAAUGUUACUUUUCCCUUCAUAGCAAUUCUUUAAAAUUUCGGAAAGCCUUUAAAAGGGUAUUAGCGCAAACAUCAGAGAUAGCUGAGGUUAAAACUAUCUUUUCAGAGAUCGCUGAGGUUAAAACUAUCUUUUAAAAAUGAAUUUCACCGUCUCAAAAAAAAAUGAAUUUCAAAUCAAGGCUAGGCUGAUUGGAGAAGAGCAACCUAGUAUAUUUAUAAAGGUCUUCCAGUGCUGUCUAAGCUGGAAGUGUUGUCCCGGGUGGCAUCCUAGUUUUCAUAAUUUACCGAAGGCCCUUGGUAAUAUAAAUGCAGAGAAUAACAGGUGCUGCACUGAGCAGGGGGUCUGUCUAAAUCAACCUUUUUGGCUCCAUUUUUUGACAAAGGGCCAAGUGGUUAGCGUAAUCGGUCCAGUAGUUCUCAUUACCUUCGAGGGGAAGGCGAAAGAGGAGAGGGGCGACGAAAGGAAACGGGGAGAGGAAGUGUGGCAAACAGAAGAUAUUCUUCAGGUAGAGCCAGGGCUCGGGCCGCGUCCCCAGGUGGCCCCUCCAAACGACCGUUUACACUGUCAAUUUUCUCUUUUCAAUGAAAAAAAAAAGACGUCUGGCUUUUUAAGUAAGAGAAUACACAAAUAAGGAAGGUAUCAGGUCUCGUGAGAACUUCGGCGCCAGAUCCGCGUCCGGAACGCCACCGAGAGCCGCCGGUCCAACUGCCGAUAGCUCGCGGAUGCCCCCGGGGGCCCGACGCCGGCCAGGCUUCCCCUAGCGCUCCCGCUACCCAUAAGCCCUCGCGUCUCGGCGCGCACGCGCAGCGGCGACGGCCGUCUCAGGAAGAGGAAAAUGGAAUAAACAACUCGGAGGAACCAGAGCGCGAGAGAGCGAGUGGAGGCAGAAUUUAAAAAUAAACCGGCCCCUCCGCCCUCCCCACCCGCUUGCCGCUGCCGCUCCCUCUUCCCCUGCCCGCGCCCUCGAAGUCCCCGUCUGGGCCCGCGCGCCCACCCCGUCGUCCCGCGCGGCCCCUUUAAGAAAAGAGAACGAGAGAGUGAGUGAGAGAAUCCCAACUCUCCCCCUACCCUCCCUCCUUCUACCCCCUCCUCCCUCCCCUCCCCCCUCUCCCCGGGCGGCUCCGGCUCCCGCAGCGGGACAGACCCACCCGCCCAGGCUUUUAUCCGGCACCGGCAGCGUCUUCCUUUCCUCCCCCGUCUAUGGUGGCGGCAGCGGCGGCUCCUCGGGCGGCGGUGGAAGACGAGGCUGCGGCGUUGCCAUGAACAGUGGCGGCGGCCUCCCGCCCCCCACGGCCGCCGCCUCCCCUUCCUCCUCCUCGCUGGCGGCGGCGGUGGCGGUGGUGGCCCCGCCGGGGAUCGGGGGUGUCCCCGGCGGGGCGGCGGUAGGAGUGAAGCUGAAGUACUGCCGGUACUACGCUAAGGAUAAGACUUGCUUCUACGGGGAGGAGUGUCAGUUCCUGCAUGAGGACCCUGCCGCCGGGGCUGCCCCGGGCCUCGGCCUCCAUAGCAACAGCGUCCCCCUGGCUCUGGCUGGUGCACCCGUGGCCGGCUUUCCGCCCGGAGCCGUCGCGGGCGGGGGAGCUGGGCCGCCCCCGGGGCCCAAGAAGCCGGACCUGGGGGACCCGGGGACAGGAGCCGCAGCCGGCGGAGGAGGCAGCAGCGGGGGACUCGAUGGACCGCGGCUGGCAAUUCCAGGAAUGGAUGGAGGUGCUUUAACUGAUACAAGUCUCACAGAUUCCUAUUUUAGCACCAGCUUUAUUGGAGUCAAUGGAUUUGGAAGCCCUGUAGACACAAAAUAUCCCCUGAUGCAGAGAAUGACUAAUAGUAGCAGCUCCCCAAGCCUUCUAAAUGACAGUGCCAAACCAUAUUCAGGCCAUGAUCCUCUAACAUCACCUGCUUCAUCUUUGUUUAAUGACUUUGGUGCCCUCAACAUCUCUCAGAGACGAAAGACAAGGAAGUAUCGCCUGGGGAUGCUGGAGGAGAGGCUAGUUCCGAUGGGAUCAAAGGCACGAAAAGCAAAGAACCCUAUUGGCUGCCUUGCUGACAGGUGUAAAUCAGGAGUACCCAUCAAUAUGGUUUGGUGGAACAGAGUCACAGAAAACAAUUUACAGACACCAAAUCCUACUGCAAGCGAGUUUAUUCCUAAAGGAGGAUCAACCUCCAGGCUGAGUAACGUGUCCCAGUCAAAUAUGUCUGCCUUCUCUCAAGUUUUCUCUCACCCAUCCAUGGGAAGCCCUGCUACUGCUGGAUUAGCACCAGGAAUGUCAUUGUCUGCUGGGUCUUCCCCUCUUCAUUCCCCCAAGAUUACUCCACAUACUUCUCCUGCUCCCAGAAGAAGAAGUCACACUCCAAAUCCAGCAAGUUACAUGGUGCCUUCUAGUGCCUCUACAUCUGUUAAUAAUCCUGUUUCUCAGACUCCAUCUUCUGGUCAGGUGAUCCAAAAGGAAACUGUUGGUGGGACGACUUACUUCUAUACAGACACAACUCCAGCACCUUUGACUGGAAUGGUGUUUCCAAACUAUCAUAUUUAUCCUCCAACUGCACCUCACGUUGCUUAUAUGCAACCGAAAGCAAAUGCACCUUCCUUCUUCAUGGCUGAUGAACUCCGACAGGAGCUGAUCAACAGACAUUUAAUAACAAUGGCUCAAAUUGAUCAAGCGGAUAUGCCAGCAGUUCCUACAGAGGUUGACAGCUACCAUAGCCUAUUCCCUCUAGAACCACUGCCACCUCCCAACCGGAUACAGAAAUCAAGUAAUUUUGGGUAUAUUACGUCUUGCUACAAAGCUGUAAAUAGCAAAGAUGAUCUGCCAUAUUGCCUUCGGAGGAUACAUGGUUUUCGUCUUGUUAACACAAAGUGCAUGGUGUUGGUCGACAUGUGGAAGAAAAUUCAACACUCAAAUAUCGUAACUUUGCGCGAAGUAUUUACCACUAAAGCAUUUGCUGAGCCCUCUCUUGUGUUUGCAUAUGAUUUCCAUGCUGGAGGAGAAACUAUGAUGAGCAGACACUUUAAUGACCCUAAUGCUGAUGCCUAUUUCACCAAGAGAAAGUGGGGUCAGCACGAUGGACCGUUGCCCAGGCAGCAUGCUGGAUUAUUGCCAGAAUCUCUUAUUUGGGCGUAUAUUGUCCAACUAAGUUCUGCAUUGCGUACCAUUCAUACAGCAGGUUUGGCAUGUCGAGUUAUGGAUCCAACAAAGAUUCUGAUAACUGGCAAAACAAGGUUGCGAGUAAAUUGUGUUGGAGUUUUUGAUGUUUUAACAUUUGAUAACAGUCAAAAUAAUAAUCCAUUGGCAUUAAUGGCCCAGUACCAGCAAGCAGAUCUGAUAUCAUUAGGAAAAGUUGUGUUGGCUUUGGCUUGCAACUCUUUGGCAGGAAUUCAGCGAGAGAAUUUACAGAAAGCCAUGGAACUGGUGACAAUCAAUUAUUCCUCUGACCUGAAGAAUCUGAUUUUGUAUUUGUUGACUGACCAAAACAGGAUGCGAAGUGUAAAUGACAUCAUGCCCAUGAUUGGUGCUCGAUUUUAUACUCAAUUGGAUGCUGCUCAAAUGAGAAAUGAUGUCAUAGAGGAAGACCUUGCAAAGGAGGUUCAAAAUGGAAGACUGUUUAGGCUCCUAGCAAAAUUGGGAACAAUCAAUGAGAGGCCGGAGUUUCAGAAGGAUCCCACUUGGUCAGAAACUGGAGACCGUUAUCUGUUGAAACUCUUUAGGGAUCAUCUUUUUCAUCAGGUGACAGAAGCAGGUGCUCCCUGGAUUGACCUCAGUCAUAUCAUUUCUUGUCUUAACAAGCUAGAUGCUGGUGUGCCAGAAAAAAUAAGCCUGAUUUCCAGAGAUGAGAAGAGUGUACUUGUGGUGACCUACAGUGACUUAAAGCGCUGCUUUGAAAAUACUUUUCAAGAACUGAUUGCAGCUGCAAAUGGUCAGUUGUAGUAUUUGCUAAAAAAGCACGCCAGACAUGGCUAAGGACCUUAACCAAUAGCAAAUUGCACUACAGCUGAACUUUUCAUCAUCUCAUUCACAUUUGGGAAACGAACAGGAGAUGAGCAAAGCUGCUUGCACUUCAGUCAGGUACACUGUUACUUGAAAGGAAGAAUGUUUCACUUACCCAAGAGCUAUGGCUGCCAUUGGAGGCUAUAUCUGUGAAGAAUUUAUUUUAGAUUUAGGAGCACCAUCAGGUGAAUGAUGUUCCUACUUUUGUUUUUUCCACUUGUAUAUGCACUAAUUUUAAUUUUUUAAAGACUUUUUCUGAUCUUUGAACUUUUGCCACAUUGUAUACUUAUUAAGGGAAACUGUUUGCAAGGACAUUUUUGGGAAGCAAUGCUGGGCAGCGUUUUUGCCAUUGAGGGUUGCAGAAUUUGCUCUUUUGGGGAUGGGUUGCCCUGAAUAACAUUAUGGACCAGGUAAAUAAUUUCAUAGAAGUUCAGUAUAGUACGUAAUUCUUGUAAGAGUAUUGUAUGCAAGCUCUCUGUAUGCCACCCACUGUUAGUUCAAAUUGAGAUUUUUGUUUUGUUUUGUUCUUAAGAACAUACCAAGAAAAUACCGGUGAAUUGUUGGAUAUGAAUUCCCUGUUAGUUGAUUUAAAUCCUGUCUGAAUAAAGAUCAGAUAAACAGUAACUGAAGGAGCAUGUAUAGCUCUUUCCUUCAAAUUCAACUAGAGCCUUUUUAAAAAGACAUUUGCCUGCUAGUCAGAUACAUUUACAUUUAUGCACAUUUUUUAAAUAGGAGAAAAUUAAGAAAUUAUGUUAAAGGCCUAAAGUUCAGGAGUAUAUUACUUUAGGUUCUUUCCAGUUUGCUUUUUUUUUUUUUUUUUUUUGGUUAUGAAGUUCUGCUCUUUGAACCACAGCUUUAUUAUGGUCCUUUACACUGGAGACAGACACAGAGACACUGUUCAGAAGAUGAACUAAACUCAGCAGUGGUCUGGUAUCAAGAGCUUUCUGAUGUUUUACAGCCUGAAUUUGGAGGGAUAACGAUCUGCUGUGCCUUUGCAGUCACUGCUUAGCCCAAAGUAAUAGUACUUUUGAUAAUAACUCACUCUGUGCGAUAUUCCUGAAUAAGUCCAUCUCAAAAGUUUGGAAUUUUCCUCCUCUUAACUUUCUUAAUAUUUGGACAUGCAGUUGUCGCCAAACUUGGGUAUUCAUGGAAUUUCAGUAAAUGAAAUACCUAUACUUUGAUACUGAAGACUGCCAAAUACAUAGGAAUUUUCUUUCUUAAAAAACAGUAAUGAAGACUAUAUCUCCUUUCCCAGCACUGAAUGUUUUACUAGCACUGGGUGCUCACCAUGCAACUAUGAAGAAAAUGUGGAAACUCAAAAGGUCAGGACAGACUUCCAAGCACUUGCAACUGAUGUUACUGUCUUCAAUUUUAAUAAUUACACAUAUUUGUAUAUUUCAGAGAAGUUUUUAAUAUUUCUCUGUCCACUUUUUAUAAGCUUUAAAAUGAUUUUCUCCGCCUUGAGAUUUGCAUCAAGAAAAAGCACCUCUCUUCACCUGAAAGCUUUGAGGACUAGAGACACGCUUUACACGUUUUAACAAGUAUAUUGAGUCCAUGUUUGGUAGCAUCAGUUGUUGAGUUGAAAAUUAUUGCAUUUGAUCUGGAUGGAUUUUAAAAGAACAUAAUGUUCAAUAUUAAAAGGAUAAUUAACAUUUGCCACCAUAAUGUUCUUUUUUAUGUAAAAAGAAGAACUUGGAGACAUUAACAUGCAAAAGUCUUUUAUCAUUAGCUCAUGUAUUUGAGGAAGAGCAGCUGUCUUUUUAUAUGUUUUUUGACAAAUCAUAUUGUAAUUCUUUUGUACAAAAAAGAACUACUUGUAUUCUAGAAGAAAUAUGAAAUGCUUAAUUUAUAAGCGGGCUGGAGAUUUUUUCCAAUAUUGUUUUCUUUGAAAAUGAAAGGGGAUCAUCUAUUUUAGUUUUGGGGUAUGGGAACUUUUUGAAAAUUUAAUUUGUGGACCAAUGUUUUGUGAAAGCUAAAGAGGGCAGGGGUUAAAAUAGGGCUUGAAUUUCUCAUUCUGUAUAGACCAGCAAACUUCCCUCUGCAAGGCAAGUUUACAUCACAAAUCCAAGAAUGUUUGCAUCCUAAAUGCUAGUUUGCUUCAGCCCCUAGUUAACCUCAGGACUUGGUUUGCAUAUAAAAGGUAGACAGCUGAUAUGUUUUCAUGAAUAAAUAUUGUCAGCCAGAAAAGGUUGGUGUCAGGUAAUGCAUAUUUUUUUAAGCUUUGUUUUAUAUUUAUUUUUCAUUUAGUUUUUAUUGGGAAUGGUUUUCAAAGAACUCUCAGUUCUGCCUAGGUGUUUUUGGGGGAGCCCUGUUUUCCAUAGUGUAAUUCCAUUUAAGAGGUUGUCUAAAAGUCUUUUUAAUUAAUAGAAAGAUUUUAAUAUCCAAGAGUAGUCAAAUUAAGGAUAUAAACUUUCCACACCUUCCUGUCGUGACAGAUAAAAGCACAGAAAGGACAACCCUUGAAAUCAUGUAACGGUCAUUUCAAUUUUUUGUACCUGUUUUAAAUCCUGUUAGUGUAUUUACUUCAUUGUAAAUAUUUUUGAGGGUACCUUUGUAUUUUGCUUUUGACCUUGGUUCUGUGAUUUGGAUGUCAGCAACUUCCCUAAAAAGCACCAGUAUGUUAAGUUCUAAUGUCAUGACCCAAUUUGUGUUAUUCAUCUUUAAUCCUGUUUUCAGUCUCUAUGUGUACAGCAGUAUUUUUAAUAAAGAAUUACAGAGAUAA